AUGGGUUCCGGGACGUGGCGCAAGGCCUACGGCGCGCUCAAGGACUCCACCAAGGUCGGCCUCGCCAACUUCAACAGCGAGUACAAGGAUCUGGACAUCUCCAUUGUGAAGGCGACGAACCACGUGGAGUGCCCGCCCAAGGAGCGCCACUUCAGGAGGAUACUCUUCGCGACCUCGGGGCAUCGCCCUCGAGCCGACGUCGCCUAUUCGAUAUGCACGCUGGCGAGGAGGUUGUCCAAGACCAAGAACUGGAUAGUUGCACUGAAGACGUUGAUAGUGAUACACAGGCUGCUCAGAGAAGGCGAUGGCACAUUCAAGGAGGAUUUCCUCACCUAUUCAUACAGAGGAAACAUUCUGCAAAUCCCACAGUUCAAGGAUGACUCCAGCCCAUUAGCUUGGGACUGCUCCGCUUGGGUUCGCACGUACGCGCUCUACCUGGACGAACGGGUCGAGUGCUUCAGGGUUCUCAAGUAUGAUGUCGAAUUAGAUCGUCUGCUCAAGUUACCCCAGGCUUCUGGCAAGGCACACAGCAGAACAAGAACCCUGCCGCUCGGGGAACUUUUGGAUCAGCUGCCAGCAUUGCAGAAACUGCUUCUCAGGCUUAUUUACUGUCAGCCUGAAGGUGCAGCCUGCACAAAUUACCUUGUACAAUAUGCCUUAGCUCUUGUUUUGAAGGAAAGUUUCAAAAUAUACUGUUCAAUCAAUGAUGGCAUCAUCAAUCUUGUUGAUAUGUAUUUUGAGAUGCCAAAAUAUGAUGCAAUCAAGGCCCUUGAAAUUUAUAAACGAGCUGGUCAGCAGGCAGAAAAACUUUCUAAUUUCUAUGACCACUGCAAACAUCUUGAGCUGGCCAGGACUUUCCAGUUUCCCACUCUGAGGCAGCCACCGCCUUCAUUUAUUGUGACAAUGGAAGAGUAUAUCAGAGAAGCACCCCGUGCCGAUACUGAGGAAAACCAUGAAGAGAAUCAACCUAGUGAUAAUGAAGAAGCAGCUCCACAGGAAGCCGAGAAACCUGUGGAAGAUGAAAAACAAGAAUCUGCAGAGCCUGAAGCAGAGCCACAACCUGCUGCUGGGCCUCUGGAGGAACCAGUGGAACAUCAGCCACGGGCGACUACCGGGGAUCUAUUAAACUUGGAUGAAGAAGUAAACCCCAUGAUUGCAGACCUUGAAGAAAGCAAUGCGCUGGCUCUUGCUAUUGUGGCACCAGGUAAUGAAAACAAGAUGUCAACUUCUCGAGACUUGUUUGCCCUUGACAAGGCUGGAUGGGAAUUGGCACUGGUUACUGCGCCAAGUAACCACACAAAUCAACAAGUCGACAAUCAAUUGGCUGGGGGAUUUGACAAGCUAUUGCUCGACAGUCUUUACGAAGACGAGGCAAGGAGACAACAAAUAGCCAGUGUGACCUACACUGGAAGUCUUGCAGCAAACCCAUUUGACCCCAAUGAUCCAUUUGCCAUGUCAAAUAGCUUUGCACCACCAUCAAAUGUGCAGCUAGCUAUGAUGGCAGAGCAGCAGCAAUAUUACCAGGCACAGCAGCAGCAGUACUAUCAGGUACAGCAGCAGCAGCAGCAGCAGCAGAUGGUGAUGUUGCCGCCUCAAAACAUACCAGCAGCAGUCUCAGUAUUCUGCCCCUUCUUCUCAACCUGGAUUAUCCAAUCCUUUUGGUGA